AUCAAAGGCAAAGGAGGUGUUAAAAGGGGAGCCAAAAACAAGAAUAACCCCAACACCAAACAAUACAGAUUUCAUCUGAUCGUAGAUAAGUAAACAGAUUCAAGGCAAAGCAUGGCCAUCUACAGCUGUAACAUAUUCCUUGCAGUAGCUAGGACCAGAGGGUCAUCAUGCCUUCUUGUACACUCCUGCUGUUCCCAGUUCUCCUCGUCCGCUGCGCUUGCUCAACUGUUGGAUUCCCACCAUAACGGAACAUUCCCGAAGGACUCUGAAAGCCACCCGUUCCCCUCCAGUUCACCGCAGGGAAACAGUUGGCCUCACUUCCUCAUUAGACCGAUGCGGAUGUUUCGCACGUCAGCUUAUUGGCAUCAGGACAAGCCUCCCCCUGAGCCAAGUACUGUAAAAACAGACCCCACUCCAGGCGGUCUCCCAGACAAAGCCGCCGGGACAGUUAGAAGAUCCCUCUGGCAGAGGAUUGUAGACGAACUGAGACACUAUUACAAUGGAUUCCACUUGCUUUGGAUCGACACAAAAGUGGCAGCUCGGAUGGUCUGGAGACUGUUACAUGGGCAAAUCCUCACCAGGCGGGAGAGACGAAGGCUGAUGAGGACGUCAGCAGAUCUCUUCCGGCUAGUUCCAUUCUUGGUGUUCAUCAUAGUACCUUUCAUGGAAUUCCUGUUGCCUGUAUUUCUUAAACUCUUUCCCGAGAUGUUGCCUUCAACCUUUGAAACCGAAUCGAAAAAGGAAGAAAAGCAAAGGAAGAAACUGAGUGCGAAGUUGGAGCUAGCCAAAUUCUUGCAGGAGACAAUUGCAGAGUUGGCAAGGAGAAACAAAGCCAGCACAGGAGCAGCUACCCAGCUCUUCUCUUCCUACGUUCAGAAGGUUCGACAUAGCGGCCAACAACCCAGCACUCAGGAAAUUGUGCAGUUUUCCAAGCUGUUCGAGGAUGAGCUGACCCUGGAACACUUGGAGCGGUCCCAGCUGGUCAUCCUUUGCAAACUGCUGGAGUUGCAGCCCAUUGGCACCAACAACCUCCUCCGCUUCCAGCUUUUGAUGAAGCUCAGAUCCAUCAAAGUUGAUGACGAGAUGAUAGCCAAGGAAGGCGUUAAUGGCUUGAGCGUGUCUGAGCUGCAGAGUGCAUGCAGAGCAAGAGGGAUGAGGUCACUAGGCCUUACGGAGGACCAGCUCAAAGAGCAACUGAACCAGUGGCUGGAUUUGAACCUCAAAGAAAAAGUUCCCCCUUCUUUGCUGCUGCUUUCUCGUGCCUUGUACUUGACCGACGUGAGUCCCAAACCAAUGGUGGUGAAUACAACUAAGCCUCUGAAGAGUGAAGAUGCAGAAAUGGAGGAGGAGGAGGAGGAAGAGGAGGAGACCUUGUUGGAUUCUGCCCCCAACGUGCAGGAAAGGAAGAGUGAAGAAUUUAUAUUGCCGCCAAAAGACAAAUUAUCAGUUCCUGAAAUGUCAGUGAAGCCUCCUGUGGGAGAGAGUAAAAUAGAAGCUCCCCGGAACAGCAAAGCCAGCGCCAAUGGCGUCUAACUGCUUUCCCAUAAAAGAGCUUGGACCCUCAGGGAGAAAGAAGAAAAAAAAAUACCUUGGAAGCACUACUCUUGCAACUUUGCAACACGUUGGCAGCUUAAAUCGACCAGCUCCUUUGCGAAUCGCCCUGUGAACUCCAGUUCUCCAGUCGUGAUGGCCGUACAUCUCAGCCAGGUGGGGGAAAAAAAAUCACUUUGCAUCCCAGGGUGAAGAUUCACAUUCGUGAGGCAUCCAUGUAACUUAUUCUGUUUUGUAAAUAUGUACAUAAUCCGCGCACUAGACCAGUUGUAACUUCAUGCAGAACGGUUCCCAUGUAGUAGGUAUAUAUAAUUCCUUAAAAUCUUUUUUUUUUUGCAAUUAAUUUAAACUUUUUAAGAAGGGACCUCCCUGCUACCCUGAAGCCUUUUUUUUUUUUCUUCUAUGAGAAAUUGUAGAAAGUUGGGCUUUCCCUCCGCUCAGCAGACAAAACUUGAAUUGAUUUGUAGUCCGGUGCUUAAAAAGACUUACUUAUAUAAAUAGGAAGGAGGCCCUUCCAAAUGGUCUUGCAGAAAAUUGCAGCUCCACUUCUCAAAGUCAAACGAGAAGAAUGGAAGAGGGGCAGCAUUUUCCUCUGAGUACACAAAUAAAAUGAAAACCAUCCUUGCUCCAGCUGGUUUCCUCCUGUCACACGUAUAAAAGCAUUAUCCCUCCUUUUUACCCAUUGGU